AUGCGUGGUGUCGAGCCAAUACACACGAACAAAGGUCUCGCCCACAAAGAUGUUGUUCUUAACGCCGAACACGAAGCCAGGCUCCCACAAGAAUUGCUCAAUCCAUUUUAUAAAAAUCCAAGAAUUGCCGAAGCCUUGGCUAAGGAAAGUUGGUUCGGUCCAGGAGAAGAACAUGUAGCAAAUAGGGAAGCUGAAAAAAUACCAAGAUUGGAAGUUAUUAAAUUGUUGAAACAAGCCGGACUUGCACGCAGGAGAUAA